UCCUUGCAACCUCGACCGCCGCAUUAUCGCUUCUUUGGUGUUCUGCAUUCGACACGCCAUCAUGUCUCUUCGACUUCCCGCACCCACCAUAACAUAGAGCUUUUGAGCGGGUGCUUCUCUACGAAAACUGUCCGCUGCGGGUGACAGCCAUGUCGGCGCGGAGACUCGGAGGCGGCAGGGUCCUCGGCAGCGGCAAGGGCCUCGCCCCGCCGUCCACCCAUGCCCCUCGAGCUUCCAGCCCGUUUGCUCCCUCGGACCGCAGCACCGUCUCUCUACACUCGCAAAAUUCGACGCCCAUCUCCCUCUCUCCGUCAUCUUCCAGCCCCCUCCCCGACUUUUCCCAAGAUCUCGCCUCCAAUGUUAUCGUGGCAGGGCCAUCCGAUGGCGCCGCGCGGGGAAACAAGCUGGCGUGCCCUAUUUGCGAGGAGGAGAUGGUCACGCUGUUGCAGCUGAACCGGCACCUCGACGACGUACACCAGGAGCUGCCUGAGGCAGAACAGGACGAGGUCAAGUCGUGGUUCGACAAGCAGGUCCUCAAGGCCAAGCGGUUCCAGCCACUCUCGCUCAUCAACCAGAAACUGCGCGGUCUGGAAGUAUUUGAGUCGAACGAAACACAGCCAUUAUCGAUUGGAAUGGCGGCACCCGGUCGGCCGCCCGAGACUGUCGUCGACCCGGACGAGCUGGUCACACGGAAACACUGGCAGCGGCCAACAGGCCACGACGUCUGCACGGAUCCGCUGUGCGACAGGAAAUUGGGUCCGCUCAGCGGCAGCGUCAACUGCCGGUGCUGCGGGCGAUUGUUUUGCGAGGAGCACACCAUGUAUCAGAUGAAGCUCUCCCGGUCCGCCAACCACGAGCCGUUCCGGGGCAUGUGGUGCCGCGUGUGCGAGACGUGCUACAAGUCGAGGGAUGGAUACAACGACCACACGGGCUUGUCUCGCGAUCGCACGGCAGAGUUUGCCGCGGUGCGGGCAAAGAAGGUGGAGAGGCAGCGGCUGGAGGUGCAGAGGCUAGAGAAGAGGUUGACGAAAUUGACGCGGUUGCUGGUGGAGGCGUCGCCGGACGCAAGCAUGAACUCGGGCCUGCUGUCUCCGCUGGCGGGGCAGCGGAGUGUGAGGAAGAUGAUUGAGCAGUCGGUGGUGACCUGGGAGGAUGAUGCGACCGUGUCUAGGUGUCCCUUCUGCAAGCAGGAGUUCCGGCCGUGGACGUUUCGGCGCCAUCACUGCAGGAUAUGCGGCCGAGUGGUGUGCGCCGACCCGCAGACCAACUGCUCUAGCGAGGUUGGCUUGAACGUGGAAAACCCAACCGUGAUACCAACAUCUGAGAAACAAGCACCAGCAAACGGGCAAGUCAGCAUCGACGUCCGGAUGUGCUGCGAGUGCAAACACACCAUCUUCUCCCACCGGGACUUCAUCGAGUCCAUCAAGCAUCGGCCGCCAGAUCAGCGCGCGUACGAGACCCUCCGGCAAUUCGAGCGCGGCAUCCACAUGCUGCUGCCCUCGUUCCACAAAUCCCUCCAGGCGCUGCAGCCACCAGACGAGAGCCGAGACGGGCUUGACAGCAGGCCACCGCCGACCUCGGCCCAGAUCCAGGAAGCCGCCAAGAUCCGCAAACGCCUGACCGACGCCUUUGCCAAAUACGACCUCGCCGCCAAGCGCAUCCGCAACAUGAAGACCGACAGCCCGACGCAGCUGCGCCUCCAAAGGGCCAUCUAUGCGUCCGCCUCGUCGUUUUUGCACGCUAACCUGCUCCCCAUGAAGAGCGUGCCCGCCAUGCUCAAGUCGCAGUCUUCCUUCUCUAACAACCACCGGCAUUUACUCUCAGGUGGCAACAGCGCAUCAUCGCCGCUCCGAAACGGCGAGUCGGCGGUGGGUUUUGUUGACGCCGAGACAUCGAGUCUGGGCGGGGCCAGCGAGGUUAGCAGCGCCGCGGCGGCGCUGGAGAAUGAGGAGCGGGAGGCCAGGGAGAGGCUCGUGGUGCUCGAGGAGCAGCGGUUUUUGGUGCAGGAGAUGCUGAGGAGUGCCAAGGGGGCGAGGAGGCUGGAGGAGGCGGGUGCGUUGACCAAGAAUUUGGAGGAGCUAGAUCGGGAGAUUGAGGCGAGCAAGAGGGCUGUGGCUGCUGUGGAGGAGAGGUGGGAGGGGGUUUAUGCUGGCGAGGUUCGCUGAGUGCGUUGGAAAACGGGGGUUUGCUUGAGAGCAUGGUGUGGAAGGCUAUGAUGGUAUUUGUUUGGCGAAUGGGUUUAAGCAUUGCAUGGAGUCUGGUGCACAACAACUUACCCGAGGUUCGGCAUGGAUUGUCGUUGGUUUGAGGGUUCGGUUAGGGGUCAGUUAUGCGUUCGAGGACUGGUAGAAUCGGGCGCCUAGGUUGGUAACCAAUGUCCUUCCAAAUCCUUUCCCUUCAGUGAUGACAUUUUACAGGCCGCCAGGGUGUGCGCUUCGGCCUGGUGACGGAUCUGACCGAAGAAUUAAGUACCAGGUAGUAGACGAGCCAAGGUGCCCCUGAAAAAGAAUGAUGUCCACCCCAUAAGCGC